AGUGUUGAAAUUACGCUUACAGUCCCCAUGAAGUAUGUAGAUAAUUUAAUUUGAUUGAAUGCAUUGAAGGAGAAGGAUUAUCUUAUGUUAACCAAUAUGUUCUAACAUUUUUAAAAAAAUAUUCUGAAACAUAAAUUUUCAGAUUGAAAAUGUUUACAAAAACAAGAAUUUACAAUGCAGUUAUUUUGUUAAUGGUGGUAUUUUUAAUUGAUAAUGCAAUAAAGACAAAAUCAAGGUAUCUUCAGUUAGAAAAUGAGAAAUCUCCACUCCGUGAUUAUAAUAUUGAAAAUAAAGAAAAUAACACGGCUCUGCUAAGCGCAGAAGAUAAAAUAUCUGCAGCUGUACAUGAACCCUCUACUCUACCUGUAGUAGCUUCCAAUAUACCUCAUGUACAUUCUAACCUACAUCCUGAUAACCUAAUCCUUAUAAAUAUCAGCAAUUUUAAAAUCAAUAUCAACUUUGAUAUUUGUAAUGUUUCACAAAUAGGACUGGUAACAAUUGUCCACACUGCAGUGCAAAAUGCUGAGGCCAGAAGAGCAAUCAGAGACACUUGGGGUCACCCUAAAAUUCCUGGGGUCAAUACAAGGUAAAACAAGUCUUAAACAUUGGAAAAAAAUACAUCAGUUAACUAAUUGUUCACAAUCCAAACAGAAUAAAAUAAAAUUGAGCUUGAUCAUCGAAGCCUCUGUUAGUAAGAUCCCAACAAACACUGUGGUAGGCGAUUGUAUCAAUAUAAAUAAGGCUUUCGAUUUAAAUUCUA